AUGCGCCUGUCGUGGCCGAGCGCCAGGGACAAGAAGCGCGCAAACGUCGGUCGUCCACCGCCGUCUGCCCUCUCCUCGGCUCAGGCUGCUGACCAUACACUGUUCAUCAACACCACCUGGCAAGACAUGGAGCUGUAUGAGCACCUAAGCCGACGGACCCAAGCUUCUCCCAGGCCUCCACCUACUGCAGACCCAUGGAGGCAGCCACAACUAGGAACGAACCAUAGAGACCUAGUCAAUCACUUCCACGACUCCGCCUAUCUGUCCUUGGUAGUGUUCGACGGGAAACCCGCCCAGAUGCGAGACUCCCUCAUUCGAAUGGCGCUGGCGAACGACUCGAUCCUAGGGCUUGCUCUUUUUCAGGCUUUGCUGGCAUACUCGUCGGUGCAUCGCAGUGGCGUCGACCAGCGAGCGUUGCAGCUCAAGAUAUCGGCACUCCAUACACUCUCAGCCUUUAACAAGGCAACACCUCUGUCUUCGGCCGAGGCGGCCCAGCACGUCGCUACAUCCAUGCUUCUAGGUGCUUUCGAUAUCCUACAACCCGCUGCAGGUUCGGGCGAGUGGCUAUGGUACACCCAGGGAGCCAUGGAUGUCGUCCAAGCCACCAGCAUUAGGGACCAGUCCCACGACAGCGAUAUUGGCCAUCUGCUUGACUGGGUCCAUUACCAUGAUGCCCUUUCACGUUUUCCCGUACAACAUUGGCAACACAAAUCCCUGGCACGGGAUGUGCCUAAUUCCAAGUUUGGCAAUCCUCUGGGUGAGCCUCACAUGUCGUUGACAAGACACAGACCGGCAAUCCCCUCUCCGAAUCCGACUUUUGCAAUCAUAAACCUGCUGUCUGAAGCAUGCGACACACUUCUUGAUCCACGGGACCUAAGAAGCCACACUCAGGAGUACCAAAACCAUCUAAGAACACUCGAAAGUCGGCUUGCAGCUAUACAACCCAGAUCAGAAUCGGCAUACUCGGACGAAGCCGUACUGCCUAUCGAAAUAUUCCGGACAGCGACACAGAUAUACAUCACGCGUGCAUCGGAGAGCCCGUGGGACACGCCGGCAUCCCUCGAUUCGCUGGUAGAAACAGCCUUCACCGGACCCAUACGCGACUGCUACUGUCCUCACUUCUUCCCGCUCUUCAUUUUAGCCUGCGAGGCACGCGCUGAUGAGCGGAGGACGCAGAUUCUCAGUUUGAUCGAGCGGACUGCGGCCGAUGGCCGAGUGCGGAAUAGAGCUUGGCUGAAGAACAUGGUCCACUCCAUCUGGGUGCAUCAGGACCUCCACGCGGACAGUGAUCUGCUGGUGAAUUAUGCUGGCAUCAUGAGCGCCGUGAUUAGCUCCAGCGACACGGUUCCUUCCUUUGUCUAG